UCAAGACCAGUUUUCGGGAGAUGGUAAUGUGGCAUCAAGAUUUGAUAAGGUGUACACAGACACUUGAAGUUAUUUACUCCAAGAGUAUUCUCUUCAACUUCAUAUCAAGCUCCGUUUUAAUUUGUCUGACUGGAUUCGAUGUGUUGAGCAUGGGAGUCGGUGAUGCUGCUUACAAGUGCCUAUGGUAUGGUAAAGAGCCAAUUAUCGGCAAAAAUUUGCUUUUGAUAUUGAUAAGAUCAAGCAAGCCCUGCAAGAUGACUGCAUACGGGUUUGCUGAUGUAAACCUAACGGCAUUUAUGAGGAUCCUAAGUAACGCCUGGUCGUACUUUGCAUUGCUGAAAACUAUCGUAUUCGGUUGA